AUGCGAGAGCUGAACGACACCAUCAGCGAGGGCAACAACGACACCGUGGGACAGAUUGUUCAUUACAUCAUGCAGAAUGAAGCGAACUCCGAUGCCCUCCAAGCCAUGGUUCCUGAAAACAGCAUAGACUCAGAAGGCCCACCGCUGACUCCCACCUCACCCACCCUCCCAGUGACCCCUAUCUCACCUCGUGUCCCGGUGGGACUUGCCAAACACACCUGCAACCACCUGCACACCAUCGGAGGCAUGGGGGGCCUCAGGAGCGUCUGCAACCGCUGCAAUCACAAGAAGUGGCCCCUGAUGAGGCGUGUGUCCACCAAGAGGAUAGCAGACAGGAGGAGCCACGGAGAGGUCACUGUGUUGGCUGUGGGGAGGUUCCGGGUUACAAAGUGUGACAAGGAGAGGCCCGUCAGAGAAAGGCGGACCAUGCUCAGCACAGACUCCAAUGGGAGCGCACCCACGUCGCCCACGGAGAAGGAAGCCUUUGAGAGCAGGACCAUCUCCGAGUCACAUCAGGAGCAGAACGAUGAAGGGGCUGAUCCAAAGUGACAGAAACCAAGAGCAGCGCAUGGCUUCCUGAAGAGAGCCGAGGGGGGAAAUAUGAUCAUUUGCAACACUUUUUAAACCCAGAAUCAGACCGUAGAGAAGCAUCAGUGCGCGAAGAGCAGCAGAGGCAAUCCAGGGGUAAGUCCCUCCCUAUCCGUGCCCCUCCUCCUUUGAUGGUCAGACGAGAGAAGACAGCGGUGUUGAUGGUGAAUUAGAGGAUGAAGAUAAGACAGGAGGUUACUCUCUCUUAUCAAACUGGCCCUCUGUCUCGGGCAAGGUAGCGGAAAAGGGUGUAAAGUAUGGCAUGUUUGAAAGAGCCAUUGUGGUGAUCAUCAGACAGUGAGUCACUGGUAGUGCCCCCUCACCCUCUCGUCACCAAAGAUGUGGAAACCACCACCAACGUUAAUGGUCAACAAAAAAAAAAUCUCCCACGAUUCCGCUGCCAAGGAGGAAAUCCACAAACGCUCACCUGACCAGGAAGUUGAGAUUGCAUUGGGGGUUGUGUGAGCCAAGAGCCAAUAAACGGUGCACUGUGUUGGAGCCAAAUACACAUCUGCUAAAGGUACAAUCUCUACCUAGCCUUCACGUCCACUUCUGACCCACUGGGCAAAGACGGGUUGAAUCGAAGUUGUUUCCACGUCAUUUAAACCCCCAGAAUCUAUGAUGACGUUGAAUCAACGUGGGAAACUAAUUGGAUUUGCAAAAAGUCAUCAACUUAAGGGAAUUUAUAAUUCCAGUGACAUAGUGAUUUAUUUGUAUAGUUAUUUUUUUUUAACGUUAGUUGACAACUCAACCAAAAAUAAAUCAACACUAGACGUUGAACCGACCGCUUCCAAUUGGCUCAUUCCCCCCUCCUCUCCCCUGUAACUAUUCCCCAGGUCGUUGCUGUAAAUGAGGUGUUCUCAGGACUGUCUAGUCCCCCCCCUUCUAGAACUCCAAUGGAGUACAUUAACUAGGUUUAUACGGCGAGGACAAGUUUCCUCAUCACCUUUUUUUAUUCAUUAAUCUUUUGGUUGUCACGGUGACGUAUGGAACCGCUUCUGAUUCCACCCCAAUGAAACUACCUAUUUUAAUUGGCCAUUGACUCAUCUCUUUGCCAAUGUUACGUAUGGUUUCUAUUCAAAGGAGCUGAACAAAUCCAUUUUAAACUUCAGUAGGAGGCCUUUAAAAUGCACUUCUUUCUUGAUCGAUGCACAGACAGUCUUCCUCUGAACUGCUAGUAUAGAGCAGCUGCCUUGUGUGUCUCACUGAUUUUGAGUACGGUGGUAUGUGGUGGGAAUGUAAACUUUGUGUGAGACGUUUUCUUUUUUUUUUGUAUUUUUGUUGUAUUUUUCAAGGUGAAUCUUGAGGUCAAGUGACUUGCAAGUCACCAGAUGUUUUGUUUUCUAUGGUGAUUAAGGUUUUUUAGUCCAGGACUUGGAUAAAUGAACAUUACCUUUAGGAAAAAAAAAACAGUGGCUUUUUAUCUAGAACAGGAGCUUAACCAAAAUUAUUAUACAAUGCAAAAAAAUGUAUAUUUCUCAGUGAGGAAAAGUAAUGUCUUGUGAUCAAAUGUGUUUAAAAUGUAAUUUAUACUGUAACAAUUAAUCUAUUGACUCCCCAUUUGCCAUGAAUUGUAAACAAAUGUCAAAGUAUGUUCAAACGGACAGUGUUUCAAAUGGUUACCCAUACCAAAGCCAAAACUGUUUUCUGGGAGGGAUUACUUUUUAAGCUUUACAUCCUUCAACGAGUAGGCCUACAUUGACCAAACCUGAACAACGUACAAUGGUACUCCAAUCCAAAUCUAGCAUCCGACAUAAAACAAACAAAAAUAAGUUUCAACAGUCUAAAAGUAUUCCCUGUGAACGUCUCCUCUCUUUACAGAUGAAGGAAAAGAGAAAAAUCCACUUUUAGGCUUUUGAGGAAUGUCAGACUUUUUUGGCAAAUUUUAAAACUGGAAUGACUUUCAUCUAAGAGCUUUAAUAUCAAUCUUUUUUUGGGGUGGGAUUUUCUCCAAAAAGCAUCUGUUUAUGUGAAAUAGGAAUGUAUUGAGUGUCUGACCUAUUCAAUAUAAUUCAAUGUGUUUGUUAUUUGCUCUCAUGUUUGCUUUGGAAACUGUACAGUAUCAAAGUCUUAUCACAAUGGUCUGUCUUUUUAGUCUGUCCUAUGAAAAUGUAUUUAGGAAAUAAAGCAAACUGACUGAAAGUUUUUGCCAUUUUAUGUUGACAGUUGACACUAAUAAAAAUAAAAUACUAUAGAAUUUAAUGAGAAUGUUUUUAAGGAGAGA